AUGAAAAGUGUUCCAAGAACAUGUUUAUCUCUUUUUGUUCUUCACAUUUUUGUAUUUUCUUUGCUUCCAUUGAAGAUUGCUCCCUCACCAAGAACACAAGCAGAGGCUCUUAUAAGAUGGAAGAACACCUUGGUAAUAGAAUCAUCUUCUCUUGAUUCAUGGUCCAACAAAAACAUCAACAAUCUUUGCAAUUGGACUAAUGUUGUGUGUGAUAGUUCCAAUAGAGAAAUCUCACAAAUAGAUCUCUCCAACUUGGAGCUUAAUGGAAAAUUGGACAAGUUCAACUUCACUCCAUUCCUUAACAUCACUGUCUUCAACCUCAACAAUUGUAAGCUCUCUGGUUUCAUACCAACAGCCAUUGCUAAUCUCACCAAGAUCACUUUGUUGGACUUGAGUGACAAUCACAUCGAAGGAGAAAUUCCAGUGGAGAUAAGCCAAUUGUUAGAGCUUCAAUAUUUGAGUCUCUUCAACAAUUCUCUUGAGGGGUCAAUACCUUACCAGCUCACCAAUCUACCAAAGGUAUGGUAUUUAUCACUUGGAGGUAACAAUUUGGAGAAUUCUGAGUGGUCUAAAUUUUCAAGCAUGCCUUCCUUAACUUACCUUGAUAUUUAUUUGAAUAUGUUUAAUUCAACAUUCCCAGUUUUCAUAUCGAAGUGUAGGAACUUGACCUUCCUUGACAUGUCUCAAAACAGUUGGACUGGCUCAAUUCCAGAAUCUGUGUUUUCCAAUCUGAUCAAACUCCAAUCUUUCAAUCUCACAAAUAAUAAAUUUAUGGGACACUUGUCGUCUAAUAUUUCGAAACUUUCUAAGCUUAAACACCUUCAUUUACAAACUAAUUUUCUCAAAGGUAAUAUUCCUAGUGAAAUAGGUCUUUUGCAUGAUCUUGAGGUUCUUGAACUGUAUGAAAAUUUUUUUAGUGGGAGUAUUCCUUCUUCUAUUGGCCAACUUAAAAAUCUAUCACAACUCAAAACAUUGGAUAUUUCUUCUAAUAGUCUCACGGGUCCAAUUCCAACAUCUAUGUGGAACCUCAAAAGCCUUGUUAUUUUGUCUGUAGGUACCAACCAACUGUCAGGAGUGUUGGCAGUUAACAUUUCUAGGCUUAAGAAGUUGGAGGUGUUAUCUGUUUUUGCCAAUAAUUUUACUGGUUCAAUUCCUUUAGAGAUUGGAAACUUGAAAAAACUUAAAACAAUGGUUCUUUCGAGGAACCAUUUCACAGGUCCUAUUCCAACUUCUCUAUGGAACCUCAAAAGCCUCACCCUUGUGCAACUUUUCAAAAAUAGUUGGGAUGGAACCAUCCCACCAGAGAUUGAAAAUCUAAAACUCUUAUCUAUUUUUGAUGUAAGCACCAACCAACUAUCAGGAGCUCUUCCAAUUAAUAUGUUAAGGUUGAGUAACUUAAAAACGUUAUUUGUUUUUAAAAAUAAUUUUACUGGUUCAAUUCCUUUAGAGAUUGGAAACUUGCAAAAACUUGAAAUAUUAGAUCUUUCUUCUAACAAUCUCAUAGGUCCUAUACCAAGUUCUCUAUGGAACCUCAAAAGCCUCACCUUUGUGCAACUUUUCAAAAAUAAUUUGGUUGGAACCAUCCCACCAGAGAUUGGAAAUCUAAAACUCCUGUCAACUUUCGAUGUAAGCACCAACCAACUAUCAGGAGAGUUGCCAGUUAAUAUUUCCAUGCUUAGUAACUUGGAGUUGUUCUCCAUUUUCAACAAUAAUUUCACUAAGACAAUCCCUAGAGACUUUGGGAAGAACAAUCCAAAUUUGAACUUCAUUAUGUUUGGAAACAACAACUUCUUUGGACAGUUGCCACAAGAUUUGUGUAGUGGAUUCAAUCUUGAAUACUUGAGUGUAGCUAACAGCAACUUUAUAGGACCAUUGCCCGAGUGCUUGAGAAAUUGCACAAAAUUAAAAAGAGUAAGGCUUGAUGGGAAUCGAUUUGUUGGCAACAUUACCAAAGCUUUUGGAGUUCACCCACAUCUCGAUUCCAUUUUCAUAAACAACAACCAAUUCAUUGGCCAUGUUUCAAGUACGUGGGGACAAUGUUUGAAUCUCACCAGAUUGCAGAUGGGUCAAAAUAAAAUCUCAGGUAAGAUCCCUCCGGAACUCGGAAGUUUGAUAAAGUUGAAAGUUUUGAGCCUAGAGUCCAAUGAGUUAAGUGGGGAAAUUCCAACUCAAUUGGGAAAUCUUAAACUUUUGUACCAGCUUAAUCUCAGCAAUAACCAUUUAACAGGGGAAAUCCCUACAAGCCUAUUAGACUUGAGUGGGCUAGAGCAUCUUGAUUUGUCGACAAAUAGUUUAGUAGGGAAGAUACCAUAUUGGCUUGGCAAUUUUAAAGGAUUGUUGAGCUUAAACCUCAGUCACAAUAUGUUAUCUAGUGAAAUACCACCAGAGCUUGGAAAUUUGGUGUCCUUGAGUGCUGUAUUGGAUCUUAGUAGAAAUUUACUUGUUGGAGAGAUACCCUCAAGUUUGUCCAAGCUUACAAAGUUGGAAAUUCUUAAUAUCUCUCAUAACCAACUCUUAGGUAGUAUUCCACAAUUAUUUUCCAACCUAAUAAGCAUUAGUUACAUUGAUUUUUCUUAUAACAACUUGACGGGUCCGAUCCCGAUUGGAGCCAUUUACCAAAAUGCUUCAAAAAGCUUUUAUGAUGGAAAUCUUGGAUUGUGUGGAAAUGCUAGAGGACUUAAUCCCUGCAGAAGGCAAAGAAACAAAAUUGGCAAUGGUCUCAUUUUGGCCAUUAGUCUUGUUUGUGGCCUAUUACUAUUUGUUAUUGUCAUUGUGAUCACUCUCAAGCAACUGAAGACUUUGACGACAAGUACUGCAUUGGGAAAGGAGGUUUUGGUACUGUUUACAAGGCUACAUUGA